AGGGAAAAAACCAACAAUUCACAUCUCUCUCCUGCAGUUUAUGAAACCCUAAAAUAUAACAAUUCUGAAGAAAUUCGAACGGAUUAUCUCUUGAAACUUUCUUUAAGCAUUUAGGCUUUAGAUUUCCUUUUCGUGGAAGAUAUAUUUUCAUAGGGUUGUGCUGAACGGAAUGGCCUCCGUAUCAAGUCAGCCGCAGUUCCGCUACACUCAAUCCCCGUCGAAGGUGCUGCAUUUAAGGAACUUGCCGUGGGAGUGUACGGAGGAAGAGUUGAUCGAGCUGGGGAAGCCGUUUGGUAGGGUCGUUAACACCAAGUGCAAUGUUGGAGCCAAUCGCAAUCAAGCUUUCAUCGAAUUCGCUGAUUUGAAUCAGGCUAUUGCUAUGAUAACGUAUUAUGCUUCAUCUUCGGAGCCUGCUCAAGUUAGGGGCAAAACGGUCUACCUGCAAUAUUCUAAUAGGCAAGAGAUUGUAAACAACACAACGGCGGAUAUUGCCGGGAAUGUUCUUUUGGUAACAAUUGAAGGUCAAGAUGCGCGGCUUGUUUCCAUUGAUGUUUUGCAUCUGGUAUUUUCAGCUUUUGGAUUUGUGCAUAAAAUUACUACCUUUGAGAAGACAGCUGGAUUCCAGGCAUUGGUGCAGUUUUCAGAUGCAGAAACAGCCACUUGUGCAAAAAAUGCCUUGGAUGGACGAAUCAUCCCUAGGUAUCUGCUUUCUGACAAUAUAGCUCCUUGCACGCUAAAGAUAACAUAUUCUGCUCAUAAGGAUCUGACUGUGAAAUUUCAGAGCCACAGGAGCAGGGACUAUACCAAUCCCUACCUUCCUGUUGCUCCUUCAGCUAUGGAUGGAAGUAACCAGUUCCAUUUGGGUCUUGAUGGGAAAAAGCUUGAACCUGAGAGUAAUGUUUUGCUUGCAUCUAUUGAGAACAUGCAGUAUGCUGUUACCUUGGAUGUGCUACACAUGGUCUUCUCUGCUUUUGGCCCUGUUCAAAAGAUUGCCAUGUUCGAUAAGAAUGGUGCACUUCAGGCUCUAAUUCAGUAUGCUGAUGUUCAGACGGCUAUCUUUGCCAAGGAGUCCUUAGAAGGGCACUGCAUAUAUGAUGGAGGGUUUUGCAAACUUCAUCUCUCGUAUUCACGCCACACUGAUCUUAGUAUAAAGCUCAACAAUGAUAGGAGCAGAGAUUAUACAAUCGUGAAUCCUGUCCUGGUUAACCCGUAGCCUUCAGUUUUGGAGCAACAGCCAAUUCAUACAAUGUAGUAAAUAGAACUGCAAGUAAUGAACAAUUUGAAUUCUCUUUUUCUGUUAUAUCCAAGAAUUGGGUAUGCAAAAGGGGGACCAUCGCUAUAACAACCUUAAAGUAAGACGUGGUCUUACCUCUAGAGACAACAAUCACCAGUACUUUCGAUAACUAUCGCGAAACU